ACUAUUUAGAUUUGCACACUGAGCCUGAUGAAGGAAUGAGGGAUGUCGCUAUCAUCUCCCUCUUCCUGCAACUUGAAAAUGAUUGGUACACGCCUAAUCACACAGUCUCUCUAACGAUGCUUCCUAUAUGUGGGAUUCAUGGAGAUGUAAGAGUUGGGAACCUCAAACAAUCCCUGCCCUGGGUCCUAUACUUCACUAAUGGCAGACCUGCCCAGGCUGGUCAAACGUAUUUUGCUGCCUGAGGCAAAACAGCAAAUGGCAUUCCACCAAAUAAUGUAGCACCCAAGGCCAUUCAAAUUAUAUUGGCACCCAAGGCAUAAAUUUCCACAAAUGUAUCUCCCCAUCCCUGGCUACACAUAUGAGUUAUGGUGCCAAUUGUUUGGAAAAUUAGACCAUAACUCAAAACUCUAUUUACACUGUCAAAUUCAAUUUAACAAGGGGAUGAUCACUGUCAUUUAGCAAAAGAAAGAAAUUUGACAAACAUGUUUGUUUUCAAUAAGAACGUUAAAUCCCUUUCAAUCAGCUGCAAUAACAAAUACGUGCAGAGUCUCAUACAGCAGGGUGUUGAAAAGAUGGGGUAAAUAUAUCAGUCAUUAUAGUGCAUGCUCUUUUGAGCUUGAGCAUGUUAAGCUGUUGACAAAUAAAAAUAAACAAAUCCAAGGUUCAUGCACACUCACGUGGGCCUAAGGAGAGUACAGACACACACAUAUCAUUGCACUUCAAGAUUCCCCACUGCCUUCACUUCAUUCCUUUGCUGCUUGAGGGGGUCUAGAAAGUCAAAGUUUGUUGUGUAAGUUCAUUGGGGGAGAGUGGGAGCUCAGCUGUAAAACGUGUGUUAUACGAGGAGGUCCUAGAUAGGCCUGUCUUGUGUCUAUCUGUAUAUUUCAGUGGUGUGUAUUGAAAAUUUUCAUAGGGGAACAGUUAGGGCCAGAGUCUCCAGCUUGUGAGGGCAAUGGGUGUGUAUCUGUGACGUUGUACGGGUAAACAUCACACUGCUGGAGCCCUCCUGCCUCCUUCCCAAAGCUAGGUGGGUUUUGGGAAGCUGAUGGGAGGGGUCUUGGACCCAUCAGAGCAUCACACCUCCCUCCUAAUAAUAAUAAUAAUAAUAAUAAUAAUAAUAAACAAACAAAUAAAUUUUUAUUUAUACCCCACCCUUCCCGGUUCAGAAAACCGGGCUUAGGGCGGCUAACAACAAAUUUAAAACACUUAAUUGAUGCAACAAAAAACAGCAUAAAAUACAGUAUAAAAUGUGAAUAACAAUAAAUUCAGAAUUCAAAAAUCAAUUUAGGAGGGAAAUCCAUCCAAUAAACAUUAGAUGAUCACCAGGGCAAGCUGGCUCAUCUAGUCCUAUUUGGGCCAGCGAGGAGACCAGGGGAGAAUUAGCUGUGGGAUCCCAGAGCGGGUAAUCUUCAUAAAAAGGGGAGGGGGAGGGAAGGAAGGGGAAUAAAAGAUCAGGCUAAGUUCAAAUUGAAAGCCAGGCGGAAUAGUUCUGUCUUACAGACCCUGCAGAAGGAAGUUAAAUCCUGCAGGGCCCUGGUCUCAUGGGACAGAGCAUUCCACCAGGUCGGAGCCAUCACUGAGAAGGCCCUGGCCCUGGUGGAGGAUAAUCUGACUUCCUUAGGGCCCGGGACCUCUAAACUAUGAUUAUUCACGGACCUUAAGGUCCUCUGUGGGGAAUACCAGGAGAGGCGGUCCAGUAAAUACGAGGGCCGUAUGCAAGGCAGAAGCUUCCUGGACUUUGGGGAGGAGGUGCCAAGGGCACAUUUAGGGGACUACCCUAGACCCCCUAGUCCACCGAUUGCACACUACUGGUAUAUUUAUAGAAAGUCCACAAGCAAUGGUCCUUUUCAGUUGUUGUUCCCCUGACAUCUCUAGUCUGUCUGCACGCAGUCCUCACUUAUUCAUCCAUGUGGGGACAAUCCCAUUAAAUACAACCAUGCAUUCAUAAAAUCAUACAGCGUAUUCCUAGACUGUGUCUAGGUUUUGACUGUGCAAUUUUAGCAGCGGCAUAGCGUGGGUUGUCAGCACCCGGGGCAAGUCAAGUAAUUUGCGCCCCCUGACCCGGGGCAAGGCAAGUAAUUUGCGCCCCCUAACCCCUAACUUGCCGCCGCUGCCAGCUUCUUCUUGCUGCUGCCUGGGCUGGGCUGGUGUGGUUCUCUCCCAUGCUCAGCGCUGCGCUGGGCGGCCGCUGCACUGUCCCUCCCCCAGAUAGUCCCUUGCUCUCUCUCCGCACCGCACGCCUGGCACCCACCCCCUCCACAGUGGGCGGCGACCCAGCGGCUCGGAUCGGAUUCGCACAGCCAGCACUGCAAUGAGAGAGAGUGAGUGAGCCAGGUAGAGGCAGAGAGCUGCGAGUGCGAGGACGCCCCUCCCAGAUGUUGCACCUGGUACGGCCGGCCCCCCCUGCACCCCCCACACUACGCCACUGAAUUUUAGCAAGAACACUUAGAAAGGUUUAUACAUGCAGUCUUAUUUGGAUGGGGCAUCCUUACAGAGAUGUCUGGGCCUUCACCCCACAUAAACAGCAUGCUGGAAUGGAGUAUCCCGAGAGAAGGCUUGACUGGUUGGCUGAGACAAUGAGCAGAUGUGCGCCGCAUUGCAAAGGGUGAUGUGUGUGUUUUGGGUUUUUUUGCAGCUCCCACUUGUAGACUAUUCAUGAACUGUCAACGGCACAGUAUGUAAAAUUUUAUGUAAAGUAUUGAGAUCCUCUUAAGCUGAUCAAAAUACAGGCAGUGAGAAAAGGAGAAAUAGUAAUCAGCACAAAUAGUAAAAGUGCAAGCGUUCAAAGUGGAAAAUGAGAGAUGAGAAAUGAAAAUGGGCUUUUGGUUUUGUAAAAUACUACACCGAGACAGGCAGAGUGAGCAGGCAUGUUGAAACCAUCUGGAUCACAUUUGCUGGUAAGGGAGGGAGAGAAGAUUAAUUUACUUCUGCUCAGAUGUAGCAAAAUUAAUCUUAAUUGGGUUCUUUUGUCAUUUGAUAGAGUCCAUAUGGUUUCAGUAAUAUACAUUCAUUAGUUCUUAAGGUUUAUUCCUGCUUUAGAGCAAACUUUAGAGCAGUUGUGUUCUUGGUAGUUAAACACUGACAUUCUCAAGAAGUUGAGCAGAAUAUUAGCUCAGCUCAUAAAGAUGCCAACUAUUCUUCUAAUGCUCUUGGAUCCCUUCAUAUUCCACUUCAGCAAUGUGCAUGGUGCUUUAUUUAUUUUUUUUAAAAAAUGUCACGACAAGUCCCUCACAUUUUAAAAUAGAGAAAUACAUUAUUUUAUGUCAUUCAAUCUCAGAAAAGUCAGGAAACUACCAUUUGUGAGGUGAUGAGGGUAACUGGGAAGCAAUUCUCUUCACCACAGCAAAUUACAAUUCCCAGGAUUCUCCAGAAGAAUGCCUAUUAAAUCCAUAAACCAGGAAACACUUAUAGUGGCAUGCCCAGAGAGAGAUAGGAAAAUGUUCACCAAUAUUUUCAUCAUGACCACCCAUCAUUAUAUGCUCGUGGUGCAGUGGAGGAGAGAAUUUUCUGUUCUCCCAAGACAUGUAGAUGCCAUAUUCAGAAAGAGAUCGCAAAGUGAUUGCCCUAAACCUGCAAAUGACUGGUCAGUGACUGAUUCAAGGUAUGGUCAUUUUAGCAGCACAGUAGACCCUCUAGAGAAGUGUUUCCAAACCUUGGGUCUCCAACUGUUGUUGGACUACAACUCCCAUCAUCCCUAACUAGCAAGACCAGUGGUCAGGGAUGAUGGGAAUUGUAGUUCAAAAACAGCUGGAGACCCAAGGCUGGGUAACACUGCUCUAGACUAGAGGGUGUUGCUUUUCAGCUCCCACCAACCCUGGCAGACUGUAAGUUCUCCAUGCAGUAACAGAAGAUAUAUCUUCUUAGAAAAUAGAAUCUUUCAUAUUGCUAAUUUUGUAUUUUUCAGUGUUAAGAAGCACUAACAGAAUUUCAACAGCUAUUUUAAUUAUAUUAUUGACUGCUGUCUCAUACUGAAUACUCAAAUAUUAUUCAAUAUUUUCAAUAAUAUGCUUUUAGGAUUCACAGUUAUGCCAUUUCCCUGCAAGGAAGAAAAAAAAAAUCUGGAAAGAAAAAUUGAGGCAAUAAGGAGUUAAUAGCUGGCACCUAUACAUAUUCUUCCAUUUGUGUCUGAAGAUCUCAUCCUGUAUUGUUUGAUGAAAUGUUUCAUUGUCUGCAUGUCCUGUAUUGUUUGGUGAAUUGGAUUAUUGUUCACAUCACGGCCUUUGCAUGUAAUUACUCUGCGGCCUCAGCUUGUAUCUCUUGUAUCUGUUUAUAUCAAUAUUACUUUUUAAUUGAGUUCCUGCUACUUGGUCUCUCUUUUUUUUACUUCUCCCUACAGGGCACUAUCACAUUUACUUUUGUGUGUAUUUUUCAUAAACAAGCUAGACGCAGCUCAAGCACCAAAGUAACUCUAACAACAGCAAUGGAAGGUACUUCAGAGGAUGCAAGAGAUGAGUUAUACGGCAAAUUAAAGCCAUCAUGUUUCUAUGAUAUGCAAGAAAACAGAUGCUAAAAUUAAUUUGGUUCCUGAAGCAGAGUGUAAUUAAGACGUACCUGCUUUGUGUGCAGGUUAAAAAACACACCAACCCACCUCAAAUCAAAUGGCAAUAAAAAUGCAAUGAAGCCUGCUCUUCCAAAUUA